AUGGAUCGAAGCAGCUCUCCACGGCGACGGGGGGAGAGCGACCUGGGCAGUGAUAUGCGCAAGUCUCGCUCACCAUCGGCGGCGUUGCGGAAAUCUUCGCCAAAGUCUUCGCCGGCCUAUGAGAUGGAAAUGGAGGAAGGCAAGCUAGCUGAAGGGGGCUUCGCAAACGGGGUCGUGUAA